CAGUUGUUCUGGUAAGAGCCAUGCAAUUCUCUCCGGGCUGUUUGGUGUUGGUGUUCUCCCUUUUCCAUAGUGCACCUAGAGCUCCGGCCACUGUGGUUGAGGACUUCAACCAUGUAGAACGAUGCAAGGAUUCCUUAUACAUGGGAACCCCACCACGGGGAAUCAUUGAUGCCAAACUGAAGAAGAUCUGUCAGCGCUAUGCAGACAAGCCACGCUUCGUGACCCUGUACGACCCUCAGAAACGAAUCCCUGUCUACUCAGCCUACUCCUUCAAGAAGACAGAGGGAGACCGGCGCGUGGACUACCCCUGGAUGUAUGAGCCACAGCUGGCAGAGGUUGAUGGCAAUGGAAACAUGCUACCCUUCCCUACCGGCUACCUGCACAUGAAGUUUGAGGACAGCCAAGCAGUGCUGGAUGACUACUCUGACGUAGUACUGUAUGAACGUGGCCACCUGAACCCAGACCAGCACCAGUCUGACCCUCAUGACCGCGCCUCCACUUACACCCUGACCAACGUGGUGCCAGAGAUCAGAGAGUUCAACAUUGGGCCGUGGCGUGAGCACGAGGAGCGUAUCCGUGUCCGCCUCAACAACUACUGCCGUGGCACCGCAUUCAUUGUCACAGGGGUGACCACUACAGGUCACAUGAUUCGCCGGAACAACCAGGACCGCGUGGCCAUCCCUGAGGACGUGUGGACUGCCUACUGCUGCACUGACUACGACCGCAACGCCCCCCACGAUGUCCGCAUCCGCUUCCCCUCCCAGGCUGCCCUGGCCAAGAACGCCAAGGAGGGCAACAUGGUCCACGAGAUAACUGUCCAGGACUUGGAGAACUUCCUGAAGACCCGGAUGGACGUAGACCAGAACCUGCAGCUCUUCUAUGACAACUGCAUCUCCCCCUCCCCCCUCCCUCUGUACCUCCACCACACCAUCUAAACGCUCCCCAGCAGCUACCAUACACACCUACUCUCUGUGCUCUGUGUAUCUCAAAUGUGUAUGCUCAGUGGGCUAGUAGUUUUUAUAAUGAUUAAAUAUGAUGUACACUGGCAGUUUGUUAAAAGUUUUGUACUUGUAACAGAACAUUCAUAGCAUUUGGUCAUGCUUUGGAUAUGUUUUUAUUAUCUAAGAUCUGCUUUGCAAAUGACUUCUGUUGUAGUGUAGGGUAAUUGUCCUUCCAAAUGACUUCUGUUGUAGUGUAGGCUAAUUGUCCUUCCAAAUGAAUUCUGUUGUAAUGUAGGGUAAUUGUCCUUCCAAAUGAAUUCUGUUGUAGUGUAGGGUAAUUGUCCUUCCAAAUGAAUUCUGUUGUAGUGUAGGGUAAUUGUCCCUCUAGUUUCUGUAUUUCUAGCACUCUUUUUAACUGCAAUUGGCUUUGCCGCUAUCUGUCCCCUUAUAAAACAGCUCAGUGGCAUUCAAAUACAAUGGUGUAGUGUGUCAACCAUUCAUGGAAAGGUGUUAUCUGCGCAUAGUUGGAAAGUGGUUGUAAAAUGGACUAUAUCAUCAAAGGCUGUAAAGAGUGUAUCUUCUUUGAAUAAAACAAAUGAGUUCUCUGA